CAGAUAAAGACUUGGUGACUUUCUGGAAGAUGCUUCAGUCAAACACCAGUUUGGGCUCAGUAUAGGGGUAAAUGGACCAAGCUACGAUGAUGGGGAAGGUUCCCUCAUUCUCCCCCGGCUCCACAGCGAGCUCCGCUCUGCCCGGCUACAUCGCUCUCUGCCUCACUCUACAGGUUCACAGGCUGGUGUCAGCACAAUUCACAGUGACUGGACCUGACCACCCAGUCACUGCCUCCAUUGGCGGGGAGGCCAUCCUGCCCUGCCACCUCUCUCCCAGGAUGAGCGCUGAGAACAUGGAGGUGAGAUGGUUCCGAUCCCAGUUCUCUCCAGCUGUGCACCUGUACCAUGAUGGGCAGGAUCAGUACGGAGAACAGAUGCCAGAAUAUCGAGAAAGAACUGAGCUCUUGAAAGACGACAUCACCAAUGGGAGCGUUUCCCUGAGAAUACGCAAUAUCCGACCCUCCGAUGAUGGACAGUACAAGUGUUUUUUUCAGUCCGGUGUCUCUUAUGAAGAUGCUAUGUUGGAACUGUGGGUGGCAGGUUUGGGCUCUGCUCCUGUCAUCUCUGUGGAGGGACAUCAGGAUGGAGGGAUCCGGAUUAUAUGUCAAUCAGCCGGAUGGUACCCAAAGCCCGAGGUGCUGUUGAGAGAUCUCCAGGGUCAGAACUUACCAUCAACCUCUGAAAACAUAUCCCAAGAGGCCAAUGGCCUGUUUCAAACAGUGGUUGCCACUGUUAUAACAGAAGAAUCCAACCAGAAAGUGUCCUGCUGUGUCAGGAACCCGCAACUCAACCAGGAGAGAGAGUCAGCGAUUUCCAUAGCAGAGCUGUUUUUCCCGAGGGUCAGUCCCUGGAUGGUGGCUCUGGGGGUGAUGCUGGCUGUUCUCAUCCCCCUGGCAAGUUACUGCUUCUGGAAGCAACACAGAAAGAAAGAGAUCCUUCAAUCUGAGAUGAAGAGACAGAAAGCGGAAUACGAGGCAGUGAAAG